CCCACCUGCGGCUGCUGCUCGGUUUGAACAGACGGAGGAUUUUGUGGAAACUGCUCGUUGUUUUUGCUUUGUGCUCAAACAUGUCCGUGUUUUCCAGGCGGUUGUCCCCGAGCUGUCGACACCGUUUUAACGGUAUUCAACCGGCGGCUUUGUGUCGGCGGGUUGCCAUGGAGACGGAGGAUUAACGAUCCUCAACCUGGCUAACGUUAGCAAAGUUUGUCCUGCUCUCUGGCCUGAAGAUGGAGGAGCAGAGGGAGGUGGAGGGAGGCGCAGACUCUCAGGACAACAGAGGAGGUAUCAGGUACAUCACAGAGGAGUUGUUGUUGAAGCUGACAGGUUGUCGGUCUCUGGCUCUGGUUCGUUCUCUGAAUCUGUCGUCGUCACCUGCAGAUAAACACAUCAAGUUCAUAGAGAACCUCCACGUCUGUCAGCGUCUGCAGGUUUUAAACCUGAACCACAACAUGAUCCAGAGGAUGGAGAAACUCAACGCUCUGUCACAGCUGAGAGAGCUGCAGCUGGCCCACAACCACAUCCAGAGAAUCGAGGGACUGGAGCACCUGUCCAGUCUGCAGCAUCUGAACUUGUCCCACAAUAGGAUCGACCACGUCCCCUUGUGGCUGGGGAAGAAACUGCAGUCACUGCACACGCUCCACCUCCAACACAACCUCAUCACGUCUGUCUCUGGACAGGCUGGACGACCUGCCAGUCACUCGGGAGGAGAGAGGACACGCCCUCCAGCGCUUCAACGCCGAGGAGCUGGAGCGUCUGCAGCGGGAGGUGGACAGCAGCCAAUCAGAGCUGAGCAGGCUGCAGAGGGAGCAGCAGGCUGCAGUGACUCGACUCCACCAGCAGGAGGCGACGAACCAGACACUGAUGGCUCAGACACAAACACAACAACACACACACACACUGCUGGAGCAAGAGCUACACACCAAGACGCAGCUGUUGGAGAAGACGACAGCAGAGUUGACCAGAGCCUUUCACAGACUGUAUGAGCUGGAGCAGGAGCUGACCUUCUAUAAACUAGACACCAAGCUCAGCCCUCUGCCCCCCUGCAGUAUACAGGAAGUCGACACUGUGGCUGAGAGUCCGUACAUCGGCAAGGCUCGACACAUCAGGAACAUGAUCACCUCCACUAGCCGAAACUCCUCCUCCUCCUCCUCCUCCUCCUCCUCCUCCUCCUCCUCC